AUGCAUCCCAUCAUUGGACCCAAAACAGUGGCAUCUCAAUUAUCCAAAAAGGAACUUAAUGAAAAAGAAAUUCCAGACAACAAAAACCCAAAUGCUUACAUCAUAGUCAGAUAAGACUCAUUAUUGAACCCACAAUUAAAUCCAAUAGAAACCUACAGUAUCUAAGAUUCUCCAAACAAGACAAUACCGAUCAUAUACAAUCGUCCCUCCUUAUCCAAAGUCGAAAUAUUCAUCGAUCUAUGCACUCUCACUCUAUUCAUAUACACCUUCUAUGAGUUCGUGUCUGAAUACGACAAACUACCUUCAACAGUAGAUGUCGACUUUGGAUUUGAUUCCUCAUUCGAAUAGAUAGAUAAGGAAUAUUUGGCUCUAAUAUUAUUAGGAGACUCGGUCUUCUUGGUUUUACUCUCAAUUUUGUAAUGUUUCACUCACAAAUUUAAGUACUUGGUUGAAAUUAAAUAAACCAAUUCAGAGAUGAUCUUUAGAUAUACACGUUAUUUUAUAAGUUCUUAUAAACUAUCCACUAUGGCAUUGUUUAUGUAUGCCACGAUAUCAAUAUUUAAAAUUAUUGAUAAGGAAUGGGAACCUUAUACUUUGUACUUGUCAUCACUAUUCUCAAUACUCUUCAUCAUAUUUGGUAUGAUUUAUUACAGGAAGAUGAAUUACAUAGCAAACAAUCCAUUCCUAUGA